UGCAGGAGGUCUUCAAAGCUCUGAAAGCUUCAUAUAUGGAGAUGAAACCAUGAAGAGAAAUCAGAACAAAUAAUAAUGCUUUUCCGAAACCGUUUUCUGUUAUUGCUGGCUUUGGCAGCCUUGUUAGCUUUUCUGAGCCUCAGUCUUCAAUUCUUGCACUUGAUCCCAGUCAACCCAGUCAAAGAAGAUGUGCUGAAUCCGAAGAGCCGCAAGAGGAUAAUGCCCGAUCCACUGACAGAACCCCCUGCAAUAGAUCCUAUUUAUGAAGCUCGUGUUUACUGUAAUAUUCCUACCAUAACUGAACGCAGUAUGGAAGGUCAGGUACCUCAUUAUUUUAAACUGGUGUCUGUCCAUGUGUUGAUUCGCCAUGGGGAUAGAUAUCCACUUUAUGCCAUCCCAAAGACAAAGAGACCAGACAUUGACUGCAUGCUAGUUUCUAGCAGGAAGCCUUCUCAUCCUCAGCUUGAGGCUUUCAUUAGACAUAUGUCCAAAGGAUCUGAAGCCCAAAUGGAUAGUACCUUAAGCAGCCUGCCACGCUACCCCAGUCAUGCUUCAUGCGAAAUGGGAGAACUUACGCAGACAGGUGUUGUGCAACACUUGCAAAAUGGACAGCUAUUACGGGAAAUUUAUAUAAAGAAACAUAAACUGCUCCUGAGCGACUGGACAGCGAAACACCUCUACUUGGAGUCUACAGGAAAAAGUCGAACCCUGCAGAGUGGACUGGCUCUUCUUUAUACCUUGCUGCCAGAUUUUGAUUGGAAGAAAAUUAAUGUGAGACAUCAGUGGAGCACUAUCUUUUGUUCUGGAAGCUGUGAUUGUCCAAUGAGAAACCAUUAUCUAGAAGAAGAGCAGCGGCGUCAGUAUAGCUUAAGGGUGAAAAACAGUGAUUUGGAGAGAGUAUAUGUGGAUAUGGCCAAAAUAGUAGGCAUUCCUACGAGGCAGUUAAGGGCAUCUAAUCCAAUAGAUUCUCUGUUGUGCUAUUUUUGCCAUAAUGUCAGUUUCCCUUGUACUAAAAAUGGCUGCAUUAAUAUUGAACAUUUUAAGAUAAUCAAGACACAUCAGUUAGAGGAUGAGAGAGAAAGACAGGAAAAAAAACUGUAUUUCUUUUAUGCACUACUGGCUACAUAUCCUCUUCUUAACCAGACUGUUAACAGGAUGCAACGUAUUGCAGAGGGCAAGAAAGAAGAAGUACUGGUCCUUUACUCAGCUCAUGAUGUCACACUGUCACCUGUUCUUAGUGCUUUGGGCAUUACAGAAGCCAGGUUUCCAAGAUUUGCUGCCAGACUAGUCUUUGAGCUGUGGCAGGAUGGAAAAAAACACAGAGAACACUUUAUCCGCAUCCUGUACAAUGGUGUUGAUGUCACAUUUCAGACCUCAUUUUGUCAGGAUCAUAACAUGCAUUCCAGCAAGCCUGCGUGUCCUCUAGAAAAAUUUGUUCAUUUUGUCAAAAGGGACAUGUUUUCUGUUUUUAAUAGUACUAAUUACUAUGACGCAUGUCACAGGAGACCACUGUAAAUGGAAGGUGAGAGAAAGAAGUGUGAAUUUGUGUAAUGACGUGAGGUCUGUGUACCUGAGUACUUUUUUUAAAAAAAAAUUCUACCACAACAGUAAAGGGCCUGAUAUACAUUGAGAAAUUAAGUGGGCUACUAUAAACUGGAUAUUGCUUGAUAGAGCGUGAAAUUUUGGGUUUAGUUGCUCUCUUAUUCCAGAUCAGAUCAGUAUGUGGAAAACUUGAAUUCCAGUUUAAAAAGAAAGCAUGCUUUCUCCACUGUAACUUGUCAGUUGUUUUACCAAAUAAGCAGCAAAUUUUAUCUAAAGUAUUUGAUUUCCCUGAAUCUGUAUUACAACUGUACUAAAUAAUUCCUGAAAUUAACAACCUUACCUCUGUCAGCAUGGAAAUAUUAAGGGACAGGUUUCUGGUUUUGUUUUUCAGAAGUUCAUGCAUUGUGCAUGCUUUAUUUGGCUGGGUGCAAAUGCACACUUUUUUUUGUACACAGACCUCUGAAAAUGUAAUGUGUUAGGUCCAUCACAUGGGUGAGCCCAAUAAACAGAUCUAAAAUUCUAUUCAUUGGUUGCACUUCCAGCACUUUCAGAAAUAGUUUUAACACACACUAGAAAUGAUUGCAAUCUUGUGACUGUCAUUUGAAACAAAAAGUAAAUGCUAAUGUUACCGCUAAAUGUGAGUGGAAAAUUAGAAGUAUAAAUCAGCUAGUCUUAUGGUAAAACGUUGGGCUCUUUUCCAUUGUUAAAUAUGUUCAAGCUGCUAGAUGGUGGUACAAAUAAAUGUGUUAACUGUUUGAUGUGGUGACUGUGUGAGGUAGCAGACAGACAGUUUGACUGAAGACUCAGAACUUUUGUAGUUGGGUUAGUAUUUUUUAUAGACUAGGAAGAUAUUAUUUUAUAAGGUUAGUCUUGUACCUACUGUAUUGUGUACACUUCUAGAACACUAAAUCUUUCUUAUUUGCUUGGUUUGCAAAGGGUUGCAAAAAGCCAAUUUUUAGAUGUUUUUCCUUGAUCAGAAUAUACAGACUUAGGAACAGCCUAGCUUUAUGGAUAAUUUCAGCAACCAUGAUAGAUAUGAAAAACUCCAUUUUCAGCUGCUUUCAUCUCCUAUACAUAUUCAAUUUAGAUCUAAUUUUUAAGACAAGUAUUUGAAAAGACUUUCAUUACUAGAAUAUUAAAUUUUAUAAUGGUGGGUGUUUUUUACAUGUCAAGAAAUCACUAUGAUUUAGUCUGUGAUUUUAUGAUUCAGUGGUGCUAGUUAAUUAGAGGAAACGUACCUGAACAUGUGACGCUCUAACUCUUUUAUCAUUCCAGUCUCUCUUUGUUUCCAAAUGCUACAUUUGAACAUGUUUCUAUAAAUAAAAUUUUGGAGACUAUUCGUAU